AUGGAUCGUCUUUCGGCCUCGGUCCAUGCCAGCUUGGAGUCAUUCCGCUUGGGCAGACCCGAAGCUUGGGAGAGCCUCGCCGAGACCAUCCAGCCAACUGCUUCCAACGGAUACGCAUCGCUGCAUUCCGUCACGUAUGAAUACUUUUCGGCGCCAGAGCAGACCUCAGCCAGGCAAACCAUGCUCGGAUUACUCAGUCGCCUGUACCACGACCACUGCGAAAACCUUCCGCAGAAGCAGAAGUCUGGCCUGACGCAAGCGAGCAGAAAUUGGAAUGUCACCAUUUGGCAUUUCUUCCUAGCCCUCGGCCCCGACCUUUUGCGAUCUCGCGAAUCCUGCCUGGCCAUUGUGCGCAUGUCCAAGCGCGAGAAUCUCGACUUCGACACCUGCGUUGCCCAGAUUCACGCCCAACGCCAAGAACGCUUGAAGAAAAUUGCUAGAUCAACGUCCCUCGACACCGCCGGCAAGGCGCAAAGGCAAGUCGUGCCCGCAAAUGCAAUCCUGCCCGUCCUCUCGCUGACAUGCAAGAGACAGACUCCGGAGUUUUCCCUCGAAAUUGGCGUGGAAUCGACAGAAAGCAUAUUGAAAGCGACGGCGACAGAAGGCUGGAGGCUACUGAACCGCAAGAACAACGUCAAAGAUGCAGGAUCUCGAGCCGAGGACGCAGGUGCGCUCAAAGAAUUCGACCCCGCCAACCCGAAAGGAUUCGAGGAUGCCAUAGAGGAUGAAGAUCUCGAAGGUGAUACUCUCAUCGAUCUGAGCUCCGAAAAGGGCCGCAGAUCCUCGCGUGGCAGCAACUUGGUUAUUCAGAGCACCCCAGAGCCCGAAGAACUAGCGACAAGAGUUGAGUGGAUCAAAGAUACGAGAGCUACCAGCUCGCGACCUACGAGAAAACGGCCCAUGCCCAUUUUUGACAUCUUUGGGCCCCCUUCCGCGAAGAGAGCUCGAUCCAAUGAUGAAGAUGGGGCGACUUUGAUCAACUCGACGACAGUCCCGUUGGAGCAGCUCAUUCUUGGCGAGCGCUCUCUCGAAGGCGACAGCUGGGCCAACGACACUGCUGUGAGCAACACGAUCGGCAAGCUCAGAGCGAAGGACUGCUACGUCUUGGACAGUCUGUUUCUUGCAGGCACGAGAUUUCUUCGACACGCACCCACAGAACGAUACUUCGUGGCACCCGUCAACAUUCGCAAUAUGCACUGGGCUCUCUACUUCUGGGAUACGGAGAUGGGAACCAUUGAAUACUAUGACUCGAUGAAGCACAGCAAUUUGCAUUGCAAAGACCGUCUUCUUUCCAUCAUCAACAGUGCAUUCAGGCCUGCCAGGAUGCCCGAAAUCCAGGUCUACAAGGCAUUCCAGCAGAAGAAUCACAACGACUGCGGCCCACUCGCAAUUUUGAACGCUUUUCAUAAGCGUUUAGGUGUUGAGGAUUUCGUCAAAGGGGACGAUUUUGACUCCAAGAAUGCGAGAAUAUACUUUCAGCGUCUGCUUCUGACUUCUCUUGACGCCGCGCCCCCAGGUUUUGCUGAGAAGGCCGGUGUUUUGACUUCACAGGAGACAUCGAGGGGUAUUUUCGACGAAAUGAAAGCGGUGAAACUCCAGGGGCGUCUCCGAAGAGUUGUCCAAAAGGACUUUCUCCUCCAGGCCAACCUCACUUGGAGAGCUUCGAAACUGGUCAAAUUCCAUGAAGCACACCGUACUAUUGUUCACCAAGCGUACGAGCAGUCUCUCCAAGCGAGAGAUGUACGCGACCACGAGCUGAGAAGGCUGCAAAGCCUCAAAGAUUAUGUUUCCAGUCUGCCCACUGACACCUUGGAACAAGCUUCCCCUAUCGCUGCGUUUGGGUCAGGUCUUGAUAUCAUGGAGAAGAUGGCGAGAGAGAACCUUGACCGUAUGCUACCCGCCGCUGAGAAGAUGGCGAUCCAGAGCGGACCAUUGUCAUGGGCGGAGGACCGGCCAAUUACGAGGUCAAUCUUGAUGCUUCGGCAUCUGGGACGACAGUACGCAAAGGCGGAACGGGCUUUGUGCGAUUUUCGUGAGGCGUUGGAGGGCCUGGCCUAA